UCGCUGUGGAAGAUGUCCGCGGUGGCCAGCAAGGCAGUGAUCCUGGUGGGCAGCAAAUCGGACCUGGUGCGCAGCAGGACCAUCACCGCCGACGCCGGCCGCAAGCUGGCCAACACGUACGACUGCAAGUUCAUCGAGGUAUCGGGGGGUCUGGACCACCGGGUGGACGAGCUGCUGGUCGGUGUGCUGUCCCAGAUCCGUCUGAAGCGCGACUGCCGCCUCAGCCGGUCGCGCUCUCUGGGCAGGCGCAGCUACCGGCUGAAGCGCGGCACGCGCAACACGUCCAGCGUCAAGGGACUGCUGAACGUGGUGUGUGGCACCACCGAGCAGCGCUCCAAGUCGUGCGAGAACCUGCAGACCCUCUGAGGCCGCCGUCCGCCCGGGGAGCGGGUCCGGGGGCAGGCGGGCAGUGCGCGGCCGGUCAGGCUGCCGCGCCGGGCGGAGCUGUGAGACCGCUGGUGGGGGUCACUUUGGAGGUUUUGUGGGCUGUUGCUUUUGAAGGAGUUGGAGAUAUGGGGCGACAUUGAAGUUCUGCUGGCCGCGGCUGCAGUUGUGCCGAUCAUUUUCUCUCAGAGUGUCACACAGGGCUGGGAGACGGAGUGUAUUCUCUGACCUAGCACUUCUCUAUGAUAUCACCGAAAGCUUUGCGAAGGCAGUUGAUGGAGAAAUAGCCAGAUGAGCUGCUUGCAGCCGCAGGAUCACCAAGUAGUAGACUGGUGUGUAUCGAUAUACCGGCUGAACCGAACUGUUCAGCGAAACACAACACGUAUUGGGAGAUGAGUAUGGCUCUUUUAACGCGUUUCCUGUGGAUUGUAGAAAUAAGCUUAUUUAUCUUUUGCGCGCUUUCAUUUACAUUCAUGGCCCUGGAGCCAUAAGCAUAAGCUCAAACAUUAUACAGUAGAAUCCGCUUAAUAAAUCCUAGGAUAAUAAAUCCAGCCGCUUAUUGUGGCCACUUGUGCUGUUCACAGAUUUGUCCAUAGAAGCAUAACUGACUCCGAUUAAUAAAGCCACCGUUUUAAUACAUCCAAAACGCCGUGUCACAAAGGUGGAUUUACUAAGCGGACGCUACUGUAUCAAAGCAUAACAAACUGACUUCUAAGUCGUACGUACUUCACAGGUUUUGGAACAGUUGCAUAAGCAUUACCGAAUGUCCCUUCCAAUGUGUAAUUAUGACUGGGAAAACUGUUCAAUGGAAUUGGCAAAUACGAACGAAUCAUUUAUCAUAGUUGGAGUUGUCGGUAUGUAACGUAAUCUGAUAAUACCGCCCAACCAAACUCAAGUCCGCUGAAGCCAUCUGACGUAUGUUGGUAUGUCUCAGCUUCCAAAAGACGCAAUCUUUGCUGCUAAAGGCAAUAGGACGUCUUUUUGCCAGAAGCAAUUCAGUCAGGACAAUUUCUCUGAGGUCCCACAUCAAAGUAAAAAGCUCUGGCUGGUGGUAAUUUCCUCCGCCGUCCCGCCUGGCUGGUGGGUGGUGUGUGCGCUCACCGGCGGCAGGGCCGGCGGGCGGCCCUUUGAGGCGGUGACCCGGGGCCCUGCAGCCGGUGACCGAAUCCGCCCCACCUCCCUACAUCACUGCUGACACCACCGACCCCCCGGGGGUGGUCUGUCACGGUAUUUACCGGGGACAUCGGUGUCUGAACUACCCCCGGUAUCGGCUGUGCUGCCCGCUCAGCACAUGGUGCCAUUGCGGUGACCGGGAAUGCCCGUCUAUACAGCUAUAGGGCAGCAUUCAAUGGGGCACUCACUGCGCCAUUACGGCUUUUGAACAGGCUCCGUGGUCGCGUCUUAGAUAGGUAUAUACUUUUCUGGCCGCCUGAUCGAUCAGUACUUGCCAGGGAUCAAUGAAAUCAGCUCUGAACACGAAAUGCACACGUGAUAUUUAAACGUGUAUUUUGUGACUAAGGAUAACAAGUGAUAGUCUUUAUCUGAGCCUCG